GAGUGCUAGAUAUCCCCAUGAUCAGUUGGGUGGUUAUGCUCGUGUCCAGGUUGCUGGAUUAUGUGGCAACUGUGGAAGAUGAAGCAGCAGCUGCAAAGAAACCUUUGAAUGGUAAAGACAGGGAGAGGUUUAUGACAGGUAACCAGUGGAGUUUUAUUAACAAUAGUCUGCACACCCAGAACAUAAGUAGAUCUUCCAAAGGCAGCAGUAGCCUUGAUAGAUUAUAUUCCAGAAAAAUAAGAAAGCAGCUAGUUCAUCAUAAACAGCAACUUAACUUAUUAAAAGCAAAACAGAAGGCUUUGGUGGAACAGAUGGAAAAAGAAAAAAUACAGAGUAACAAAGGAUCAUCAUAUAAACUUCUGGUAGAACAAGCAAAAUUAAAGCAGGCUACCUCAAAGCACUUUAAGGAUUUAAUUCGGUUACGUCGGACGGCAGAGUGGUCUCGUUCUAAUUUAGACACAGAAGUUACAACAACAAAAGAAAGUCCAGAGAUAGAACCACUUCCAUUUACUCUGGCCCAUGAACGUUGUAUUUCAGUAGUCCAGAAACUUGUCCUGUUUCUCCUCUCUAUGGAUUUUACAUGCCAUGCAGAUCUCUUAUUGUUUGUUUGUAAGGUUCUUGCACGCAUUGCGAAUGCCACGAGGCCAACUAUACAUCUAUGUGAGAUUGUGAACGAACCCCAGCUGGAAAGACUGCUAUUACUUUUGGUUGGAACUGACUUCAAUAGAGGAGAUAUAUCUUGGGGUGGUGCUUGGGCUCAAUAUUCCUUAACUUGUAUGCUACAGGAUAUUUUAGCAGGAGAAUUGCUGGCUCCAGUAGCUGCGGAAGCCAUGGAGGAAGGAACAGUGAGUGAUGAUGUAGGUGCCACAGCUGGUGACUCUGACGACUCCCUGCAGCAGUCUUCAGUUCAGCUGCUGGAAACUAUCGAUGAACCUUUGACACAUGAUAUGACAGGUGCACCUCCUCUUUCCUCUUUGGAAAAAGAUAAAGAAAUUGACCUUGAGCUACUUCAGGAUCUAAUGGAAGUUGACAUUGAUCCUUUAGAUAUUGAUUUGGAAAAGGAUCCUCUUGCAGCCAAAGUCUUUAAGCCAAUAAGCAGUACAUGGUAUGACUAUUGGGGUGCUGAUUAUGGCACCUACAAUUACAACCCGUACAUUGGAGGUCUUGGAAUUCCUGUAGCAAAGCCACCAGCAAAUGCAGAGAAGAAUGGAUCACAGACAGUUAGUGUUUCAGUGUCUCAGGCCCUAGAUGCUCGCCUAGAAGUUGGACUCGAACAACAAGCAGAACUUAUGUUGAAAAUGAUGUCUACCCUGGAAGCAGAUUCCAUUUUACAGGCAUUAACAAAUACAUCUCCUACAUUAUCACAGUCUCCCACCGGAACAGAUGAUUCACUUCUAGGGGGCUUACAAGCAUCUAACCAGUCCAACCAGCUUAUUGUACAGUUAUCGUCUGUCCCAAUGUUAAAUGUUUGUUUCAACAAACUUUUUUCCAUGCUUCAAGUCCAUCAUGUUCAGUUGGAAUCACUUCUCCAGUUGUGGCUCACAUUGAGUCUGAAUUCUAGUUCAUCUGGAAACAAAGAAAAUGGAGCAGACAUUUUUUUAUAUAAUGCUAAUCGAAUACCUGUCAUUACAUUAAAUCAAGCAUCAAUAACCAGCUUUCUCACGGUGUUAGCUUGGUAUCCCAAUACUUUGCUCCGGACAUGGUGCCUUGUGCUUCAUAGUCUAACUCUCAUGACAAACAUGCAGCUUAACCCUGGUUCCAGUAGUACCAUUGGAACUCAGGAGAGUACUGCCCAUCUGCUGGUUUCAGAUGCAAACCUGCUUCAUGUGUUAGUGAAGUUUCUUUCUGGCACGAGUCCACAUGGAACAAGCCAGCACAGCCCACAGGUUGGUCCAACAGCUACGCAAGCUAUGCAAGAAUUUCUUACCCGAUUGCAAGUGCAUCUGUCUUCAACGUGUCCUCAGAUAUUCAGUGAAUUUUUGCUCAAGCUAAUUCAUAUACUUUCAACAGAAAGGGGUGCCUUCCAGACAGGCCAAGGACCUCUUGAUGCCCAAGUAAAGCUUUUAGAAUUCACUUUGGAGCAGAAUUUUGAAGUUGUUUCCGUUAGUACUAUUUCUGCUGUGAUAGAGUCUGUCACUUUUUUAGUGCACCACUAUAUCACUUGCUCAGACAAAGUCAUGUCUCGAAGUGGAUCAGAUAGCUCAGUGGGUGCUCGAGCAUGCUUUGGGGGACUCUUUGCCAACCUCAUUCGUCCAGGUGAUGCAAAAGCAGUUUGUGGUGAAAUGACAAGAGAUCAACUCAUGUUUGAUUUGCUAAAACUGGUUAACAUUUUAGUUCAGCUGCCUCUUUCGGGUAAUAGGGAGUACAGUGCAAGAGUGCCUGUGACCACCAAUACGACAGACAGUGUUUCAGAUGAAGAGAAAGUUUCAGGAGGCAAAGACGGCAGUGGAAGCUCUAGCAGCAUUCAAGGACCACCUGCGUCUGUCGCCGACUUAGUGUUGGCCAACCAGCAGAUCAUGAGCCAGAUUCUGUCUGCUCUGGGCCUGUGCAAUAGCAGUGCCAUGGCGAUGAUAAUCGGGGCAAGUGGAUUACAUCUCACUAAACAUGAAAACUUUCAUGGUGGGUUAGAUGCCAUAUCAGUUGGGGAUGGACUGUUUACCAUACUGACAACUCUUAGUAAAAAAGCAUCUACAGUUCAUAUGAUGCUGCAGCCAAUUUUAACCUACAUGGCCUGUGGAUAUAUGGGCAGACAGGGCUCUCUUGCUACUUGCCAGUUAUCUGAACCAUUAUUGUGGUUUAUUCUGAGAGUACUGGAUACUAGUGAUGCCUUGAAAGCAUUCCAUGAUAUGGGUGGUGUUCAGCUCAUUUGCAACAAUAUGGUUACUAGUACAAGGGCUAUUGUAAACACUGCGAGAAGUAUGGUAUCAACUAUUAUGAAAUUUCUUGACUCUGGUCCGAAUAAAGCUGUUGACAGCACAUUGAAAACAAGAAUCCUAGCUUCUGAGCCUGACAAUGCAGAAGGGAUCCAUAACUUUGCACCCCUGGGUACAAUCACAUCUAGCAGUCCCACUGCCCAACCAGCUGAGGUGCUUUUGCAGGCCACGCCCCCUCAUAGAAGAGCUCGCUCUGCUGCUUGGUCCUACAUCUUUCUGCCCGAGGAGGCUUGGUGCGACCUCACCAUUCACCUUCCUGCAGCAGUGCUCCUUAAAGAGAUACAUAUCCAACCUCACCUGGCAUCUCUUGCAACCUGCCCAUCCUCAGUGUCUGUAGAAGUAAGUGCAGAUGGAGUAAACAUGCUACCAUUGUCUACUCCUGUUGUCACAAGUGGUCUUACCUACAUAAAAAUUCAACUUGUGAAAGCUGAAGUAGCUUCCGCUGUCUGCCUUAGACUCCAUCGUCCACGAGAUGCCAGCACACUAGGCCUUUCACAGAUCAAAUUACUGGGCCUCACUGCUUUUGGUACCACUUCUUCAGCAACAGUUAAUAAUCCCUUUCUUCCAUCUGAAGAUCAGGUAUCCAAAACAAGUAUUGGAUGGUUGCGGUUGUUACAUCAUUGCCUUACUCACAUAAGUGAUCUGGAAGGAAUGAUGGCAAGUGCAGCUGCACCUACUGCUAAUUUGCUGCAGACUUGUGCUGCCUUACUGAUGUCUCCGUACUGUGGAAUGCAUUCACCCAACAUUGAGGUUGUGCUCGUAAAGAUAGGACUUCAGUCCACUCGAAUUGGCCUAAAGCUUAUAGACAUUCUCCUGAGAAAUUGUGCAGCAUCAGGCAGUGAUCCUACAGAUUUGAAUAGCCCUUUACUUUUUGGAAGACUGAAUGGACUGUCUUCUGACUCUACGAUAGAUAUUCUUUACCAGCUUGGAACAACUCAGGAUCCUGGAACAAAAGACAGAAUUCAGGCCUUGUUAAAAUGGGUCAGUGAUUCUGCAAGAGUGGCUGCUAUGAAAAGAAGUGGCAGGAUGAGUUACAUGUGUCCUAACUCUUCAUCAAUAGAGUAUGGUCUUUUGAUGCCAUCUCCUUCUCAUUUGCACUGUGUAGCAGCAAUUUUGUGGCACAGUUAUGAACUGCUGGUAGAAUAUGAUUUACCAGCACUGCUAGACCGGGAGCUCUUUGAGUUACUUUUUAAUUGGUCCAUGUCUCUUCCCUGCAAUAUGGUUUUGAAGAAAGCUGUGGACAGUCUGCUUUGCUCAAUGUGUCACAUACACCCAAGUUAUUUUUCUUUGCUCAUGGGCUGGAUGGGCAUUACCCCUCCCCCAGUGCAGUGUCACCAUGGACUGUCCAUGACCGAUGAUAGCAAAAAGCAAGAUCUCAGUUCAUCUUUAACAGACGACUCUAAAAAUGCACAAGCACCUCUUGCCCUAACUGAAUCACAUUUGGCAACCCUUGCUUCCUCUUCUCAAUCUCCAGAAGCUAUCAAACAAUUAUUGGACUCAGGUUUGCCUUCUCUUCUUGUGAGGAGUCUGGCUGGUUUUUGUUUUAACCACAUUUCCUACUCUGAAAGCAUUGCUCAAUCAGUAGAUAGUUCCCAGGACAAACUGAGGCGACCCCACGUCCCACAGCAGUGUAAUAAGAUGCCUGUCACAGCAGACCUGGUUGCUCCUAUUCUUAGGUUUUUGACAGAAGUUGGCAAUAGCCAUAUCAUGAAAGACUGGCUGGGUGGGUCUGAAGUCAAUCCACUGUGGACAGCACUUCUGUUUUUAUUGUGUCACUCUGGCUCCGCCUCUGGAGGACACAGCCUCAGUGCCCAGCAGGCCAGUGCGAGGUCAGCUUCCCUCUCCUCAGCUGCCUCAGCGGGGCUGACCACCCAGCAGAGAACGGCGAUCGAGAAUGCGACUGUUGCCUUCUUCCUGCAGUGCAUCUCAUGUCACCCCAGCAAUCAGAGGCUGAUGGCCCAGGUUCUCUGUGAACUGUUUCAGACAUCUCCUCAAAGAGGGAACCUUCCAACAUCAGGCAAUAUUUCAGGGUUUGUACGUAGAUUAUUCUUGCAGUUGAUGCUGGAGGAUGAGAAAGUGACAAUGUUUCUUCAGUCUCCCUGUCCACUGUACAAGGGGAGAAUUAAUGCUACUAGCCACGUCAUCCAGCAUCCAAUGUAUGGAGCAGGCCACAAGUUCCGAACACUUCAUUUGCCAGUCUCAACAACAUUAUCAGAAGUUCUGGACAGAGUGUCAGAUACACCAAGUAUUACUGCUAAACUAAUUAGUGAACAAAAAGAUGACAAGGAAAAGAAAAACCAUGAAGAAAAAGAAAAAGUUAAGGCAGAAAAUGGAUUUCAGGAUAAUUACAGUGUUGUUGUUGCUUCAGGGCUGAAAUCGCAAUCUAAACGUGCUGUGUCAUCUACGCCACCUCGCCCACCAUCCAGGAGAGGGAGGGCAAUGCCUGAUAAAAUAGGAAGUGCUUCCUCAGGAGCAGACGCUGCCAGCAAAAUAAUCACGGUCCCUGUGUUUCAUCUGUUCCAUAAACUCUUAGCUGGCCAGCCAUUGCCAGCUGAAAUGACGCUUGCUCAACUUUUAACUCUACUAUAUGACCGAAAGCUUCCUCAAGGUUACCGUUCAAUAGAUCUGACUGUUAAAUUGGGAUCCAGAGUUAUCACAGACCCAAGUCUGUCAAAAACAGAUUCUUUUAAAAGACUGCACCCUGAAAAAGAUCAUGGAGAUUUACUUGGUAGUUGUCCCGAUGAUGAGGCUCUCACUCCAAGUGAUGAAUGUAUGGAUGGGAUAUUGGAUGAAUCUUUACUUGAAACCUGUCCCAUUCAGUCACCAUUACAAGUUUUUGCAGGAAUGGGUGGACUGGCUCUUAUUGCAGAAAGAUUACCCAUGUUAUAUCCAGAAGUAAUUCAACAGGUGAGUGCUCCGGUUGUAACGUCUACUACUCAGGAAAAACCAAAGGAUAGUGAUCAGUUUGAAUGGGUGACUAUUGAACAAUCAGGGGAAUUAGUUUACGAAGCACCAGAAACCAUUGCGGCUGAACCCCCACCUAUCAAGUCAGCAGUACAGACCAUGUCUCCCAUACCUGCCCAUUCUUUGGCUGCUUUUGGAUUAUUUCUUCGGCUUCCGGGUUAUGCUGAAGUGCUACUAAAAGAGAGAAAACACGCCCAGUGCCUUCUUCGCUUGGUUUUGGGAGUGACAGAUGAUGGAGAAGGAAGUCAUAUCUUGCAAUCUCCAUCAGCCAAUGUGCUCCCAACCCUGCCUUUCCAUGUCCUUCGGAGCCUGUUUAGCACUACGCCUUUGACAACAGAUGACGGUGUGCUGCUUCGGAGGAUGGCUUUGGAAAUUGGGGCACUCCACCUCAUUCUUGUCUGUCUCUCUGCUCUGAGCCACCAUGCCCCACGAGUUCCAAACUCUAGUCUCAAUCAAACAGAGCCGCAGGUAUCAAGCUCUCAUAACCCUACGUCAACAGAGGAACAGCAGCUCUACUGGGCCAAAGGGACUGGCUUUGGAACAGGCUCUACAGCUUCCGGAUGGGACGUGGAGCAGGCCUUAACCAAACAGCGGCUGGAAGAGGAACAUGUUACCUGUCUCCUGCAGGUUCUUGCAAGUUACAUAAAUCCUGCAAGUGGUGCUGUGAAUGGAGAAGCUCAGUCAUCUCACGAGAGUAGAGGACAGAACAGUAAUGCCCUCCCUUCUGUGCUUCUAGAGCUGCUCAGUCAAUCCUGCCUCAUCCCUGCCAUGUCAUCGUAUCUACGAAAUGACUCAGUUCUCGACAUGGCAAGACACGUGCCGCUCUAUCGCGCUCUGCUGGAGUUGCUCCGGGCCAUUGCUUCCUGUGCAUGCAUGGUGCCCCUCUUGUUGCCUCUUUCUGCAGAGAAUGGGGAAGAGGAGGAAGAACAGUCGGAGUGUCAAACUUCCGUUGGUACCUUAUUAGCCAAAAUGAAGACCUGUGUUGAUACCUACACCAACCGUUUAAGAUCUAAAAGGGAAAAUGUUAAAACAGGAGUAAAACCAGAUGCAUCUGAUCAAGAGCCGGAAGGCCUUACUCUUUUGGUGCCAGACAUUCAGAAGACUGCUGAGAUCGUUUAUGCAGCCACUACCAGUUUGCGGCAAGCAAAUCAAGAAAAAAAACUAGGUGAAUAUUCAAAGAAGGUGGCUAUGAAACCCAAACCUUUAUCAGUAUUGAAAUCACUUGAAGAAAAAUAUGUGGCUGUCAUGAAGAAAUUACAGUUUGAUACAUUUGAGAUGGUUUCUGAAGAUGAAGAUGGGAAGUUGGGUUUUAAAGUCAACUACCACUACAUGUCUCAGGUGAAAAAUGCGAACGAUGCCAACAGUGCUGCUCGAGCCCGCCGCCUUGCACAAGAAGCUGUGACGCUGUCAACCUCACUGCCUCUGUCGUCAUCCUCCAGUGUGUUUGUGCGCUGUGAUGAGGAGCGGCUUGACAUCAUGAAGGUUCUGAUAACUGGUCCUGCGGACACUCCUUAUGCAAAUGGCUGCUUUGAGUUUGAUGUAUAUUUUCCUCAAGAUUAUCCCAGUUCACCCCCUCUUGUGAAUCUAGAGACGACUGGUGGUCAUAGUGUGCGAUUCAAUCCAAACCUUUAUAAUGAUGGCAAGGUUUGUUUAAGCAUCUUAAAUACAUGGCAUGGAAGACCAGAAGAGAAGUGGAAUCCUCAGACCUCAAGCUUUUUGCAAGUGUUGGUGUCUGUUCAGUCCCUUAUAUUAGUAGCGGAGCCUUAUUUUAAUGAACCAGGAUAUGAACGGUCUAGAGGCACUCCCAGUGGCACGCAGAGUUCUCGAGAAUAUGAUGGCAACAUUCGACAAGCAACGGUUAAGUGGGCGAUGCUGGAACAAAUCAGAAACCCUUCACCGUGUUUUAAAGAAGUUAUACACAAACACUUUUACUUGAAGAGAGUGGAGAUCAUGGCGCAGUGUGAGGAGUGGAUCGCCGACGUCCAGCAAUACAGCAGCGACAAGCGGGUGGGCAGGACCAUGUCUCACCACGCGGCGGCUCUCAAGCGUCACACUGCUCAGCUCCGAGAAGAGCUGCUCAAACUUCCCUGUCCUGAAGGCUUGGACCCUGAUGCCGAUGAUUCCUCGGAGAUGUGCAGUGCCACAGCUGGUGCUGAGGAGACUCUAAUGCAUGAUCAGGUCAAACCCAGCAGCAGUAAAGAACUCCCCAGUGACUUCAAAUUAUGAGCUGCGUUGACAUGGACAUCAUAGACACAAAGGCUUUGAAGCACAAGCCAAAUAUGUCAAUAUUUGUAUGUAAGAAACUAAUUAUGUAAUAGGUAAUGAAACUGAAACUAUACUACACCCUUAAGGAGAUCCAGUUUAAUUCAAAGGUGAUCUUUUAUUUACCUGUACAAGAGUGUAAACUUUUGUGUGCUUUUAUUUUUCAAUUGUGAGAACCACUGAUUGGUAUGUUCAACAAAUUUGUGUAUACAAAGAAAUGGAGAAAUCACUGAUUAUAUAAGGGAAACUACCUUAGGAAAGAAUGUUUACUGAAUGUUUGUUUUCUUUUUUUUUUUUUACUGUAGAGUGAAGGGUUGUUAACAAAGAAUAUAUAUUGGUCAUUCUUACAACUACUAUUUAAAGUCAGCAACUUUUCACUGAAUUUGAUAGAUUUUAUGUUUGGCCAUAUCUUCAUGCUCAUAUUUGAUUUCUGAAGACCUCCUCCGUACACUUCAAUAAAAGUUAAAUGGACAUACUCCCUCUUUUUUGAUUUACUGGUACAUUUUUUAAAUGAUAAAUCUGCCAUAAAAUGCAUUAUAGCUGAAGACUUGCACUUGUAUGGAUGAAUUUAUUACAUUCAACGUAUUUAAUUUUAUGCUUUCUAAAAUUCUAAGAUGCAGAAAAAUAAAUGAACAUGAUUUUAUUCUAUGCCAAUAUUUGGGCCUGUGAAUGUAUCUGUUAUUUGAAUUUAAGUCUAUGAAAAAGAAUGGUCCAUCUGAAAAGCCACUCUGGCCUGAAUUUCCCUUAAAGGGCUCCUGUCUUCCUGGACUGUCUGGCUGUAUUACUGACGUCACAUGUGUGUAUCAGACACGAGGCUCUGUAGAGCAGAGAGGGUGGACCUCUCUGGUGCUGUACUUGCCGUAUGGGCUCAUUUUCAUGCAAAUUCCUCCUAGAGCCAAAUAAAUAAAGACUUAGGUGUA